AUGUCAGUUCUAGCCUAUGGCUGUAUAUCAGUGCUAGGAUAUGGCUGUAUGUCAGUGUUAGACUAUGGCAGUAUGUCAGUUCUAGCCUAUGGCUGUAUAUCAGUGCUAGGAUAUGGCAGUAUGUCAGUGCUAGACUAUGGCUGUAUGCCAGUACUAGCCUGUGGAUGUAUGUCAGUACUAGCCUAUGGCAGUAUGUCAGUACUAGCCUGUGGAUGUAUGUCAGUACUAGCCUAUGGCAGUAUGUCAGUUCUAGCCUAUGGCUGUAUAUCAGUGCUAGGAUAUGGCUGUAUGUCAGUGUUAGGCUAUGACAGUGUAUCAUUACUAGACUAUGGCAGUAUGCCAGUGCUAGACUAUGGCUGUAUGCCAGUACUAACCUAUUAG